CUCCUGGCUGCCUGCCUGCCUUCUCAUUUUCCAAGUAACAAAGGCUUCGGCUGUGAGAAGAAUGGGAACAACUUGGAACGAGGGGGUGACCAGCUUCUGCUCAUUCUCCGGCCAGGAUCGACGAUUCGCGAAGCAUAUUCACGACAACGUCCAUGGAAACAUCUAUCUUGAUCCGUUCUUCUUACAUUUUGUUGAUACGGAACAGUUUCAGAGACUUCGCGAUCUAAAGCAACUUGGUCUUUGUCACAUGGUGUACCCAGGAGCUGUGCAUUCUCGAUUUGAGCAUUCGCUGGGAGUUUAUAGACUGGCUAGUGAAGCUGUUCAUACAAUUAAAGCUCACCAAGGCUCGGAGAUCAACAUUGAGCAUAAUGAUAUCAAGACAGUAAAACUUGCUGGACUACUGCAUGAUGUUGGACAUGGGCCAUUCAGCCAUCUGUUUGAGCGCGAGUUUCUUCCUCGAGUUCUUAAAGGAUCUAAAUGGUCUCAUGAGGAAAUGUCUGUGAAGAUGAUCGAUUACAUUGUCGAUGCACACCACAUUGAAAUAGAUGCCGAAAUCCUUAAGAAUGUGAAGGAAAUGGUACUCGCUAGCUCUGCAAAUGCUUCACAAAAGACUUCGAGCGAAAAGCGUUUUUUGUAUGACAUUGUUGCAAAUGGUCGAAAUGGAACAGAUGUCGAUAAAUUUGACUAUAUUGUACGUGACUCUCGGGCUUGUGGACUUGGCUGCAAUCUUCAGUUUCAGAGGUUAAUGGAAACAAUGCGAGUGAUGGGUGAUGAGAUAUGUUACAGGGCAAAGGAAUAUCUUACUAUCCACAAUUUAUUUGUUACUCGAGCUGAUUUACAUAGAACGGUUUAUACACAUGCUAAAGUAAAGGCAAUUGAACUCAUGGUUGUAGAUGCUUUAACAUUAGCAAAUGGAGAACUGAGUAUAUCAGAAACUAUUCAUGAGCCAGCUAAAUUUUGGAAGCUAGACGACUCAAUAUUAAGACAAAUUGAAACUUCUGAUAAACAAGAGCUCAAGGAAGCUAGAGAUUUGAUCCUUAGCAUUCGGAGAAGAGAUCUAUACCAGGUACCGUUUGACAAUAAAUGGAAGCAAAUAGCUCUCCUUUCAUUGAGUACAGAGUUUUUAGAUUGUGCAAUUUCAACAAUUGACUAUAUUUUGCAGUUUUGCAAUGAGUUUUCUGUUCCAAAGGACAAGCUAGAGCACUUCAAAGACAUCACUCCACAAAAUAUUGUUUGUUCUCAGAGAAAUGGAGGUACCACAUUGAAAGAGGAAGAUAUUGCUGUAAGCAUUGUCAAAAUUGAUCUGACUCGUGGGAGGAGUAACCCUAUGGAAAGCAUCAACUUUUUCCAGGAUUAUGAGAGUGAUUACAAAUUCCCAAUUCCAGAAGAGCGCAUCAGUCACUUGCUGCCCGCAUUUUGUCAGGAUACGAUUGUCAGAGUGUACUCCAAGAAGCCUGAACUGGUGGGAGCAGUUUCUGAGGCCUUUGAAAACUAUCAGGUAAAAACAUAUGGAAUGAAAGCACAGGUUCAUGAUACUCCUGAGAAGAAGAAACGCGGGAAGUAAUCACUCACUACAUUCGUAUAUAUACACUCAUUUUGAAAAUGUACAUAUAUGUUAUCUAUGCAACAAUAGAAGUAGAAUCCAUAUCGCUUCACGGUAUAAAUUUUCCCAUAUCUCCUACCACAUAAAAAUACUAAGAAAUUGGCUUAAUUGUAAUAGGUAUUUUCUCUUGAACAUGGGUCAGAAAUUAUGCAGCUUUAACAGAUCUUGAUGGCAGCUUUUAUCUUGUGGAUUA